UGUUAGCAAAUUUUCAUUUUAAAUUACAAUGCUAAUACGCUUUAUAGUCUUAAUAUUCGUAAUGGAGUGUAGCGCAAUAUUCCAUUUCAACGUGACACGUACCACUCUCUCUGGGCUGGCGGCGUAUAGAUCCUCUUUGACCCUGGACUGGCUGGCGGCGGAGGACGAGCGUCAGGGAGCUAUGGUGGAGGAGGCUCCGCUGACCAGGUGUCACGAGUAUGCUGCACCGUCUCCGAGAAAGGUCGGACGGUAUAUGUUGGAGAUGCUGAGGAAACUAGACAAUGACAACGUCGUGGUUAAACAGUUAGUCCGAACGCUCGUCAACUCUAAGAUACUGGUGGAAGUGUCCUCCUACGAGUCGGAACCCGACUUGGUGUCGUUGGUGAAGACUCCAGAGGUGCUGAGGACGGAGCCCCACACCACCUUCCCGAGGGUCAUGGCGCUGGUGUGGAUAGCUGUCACCGACCCUGACAAUGUCGAGAAGAAUGGAUGGUGUUCAAUCCAUAAGGUGAGUCAGUUCCUGAAGACUGUGGAGCCUUCCGAUGUGGUAGAACAUCUGCGCACCAUGUAUGUAGUGAUGGGCAAGGCGCGCUUAGUCGUUGAUAAUUUCGUACAACACUUCGCCGCACUCAAUAUCAUGCAUCAGUCUAGGAAAUCGCUUCUCCGAAAAAGAAACAAACCAACUCAUACAACACGCGAGCUUAGACCGUGAUAACUCAAACGCGGCUUUUCUGGCGAAUUACCGCGCGACGUUGGACCACCUCUCCGACGCGGCGGAUCC